CUAGAUGAGAGAGAGGUAAAAAAUAUAUACAUAUAUAGAUGUAUAUAGGUAGAUACUGUACCUCCUGCUUGGAUUCUCGUGCGUGGUGCUGUCUCCUUGAAAAUUGAAGAUCUUUGCUUGAGAUUCAUGGCGGCAAACCAACCGCAGGCUCCAGAUCGUACUUCCGGUGUGCACGCGUGGAUAUGUGCGCACAUAUUCAUAGCUUCAAGUUUUCCUCCCCGAAUUUUGCUUUGGUUGGUCAAUAAUUUGUACUCCCUAUGUUUCUAAGACUCUACUAAGUCACUGAGCAUACUGAUCAUGGAUGCAGAAGAGAAACCUGCUGAACCAGAUAGCAUGAAGGAGCAGGUAGUUCCCCAUGUCUCAAAAAAUGAGAGGUCAGUUUCUCCUAAUCCUUCUCCAGAUGCUGCCACCAUAGGUCUUCCAAGGGAGGCAGCAGGUCAAUCAGGUCCUUUUGGUUCAGGUGGAGAUCAUACUGUUUUCCCACCUAAUGUUUAUGCCCCUCAGGCCCAGCCCUUCUACUAUAGAGGUUAUGAAAAUGGAACUGGUGAGUGGGACGAAUAUUCUCCAUACAUCAACACCGAAGGAUUGGAGAUUAAUUCUCCUGGUGUCUACAAUGAGAAUCCUUCUUUAGUCUUUCAUUCUGGAUAUGGCUACAAUCCACAAAUGCCGUAUGGGCCUUACUCCCCGGUUACAACACCAAUGCCAUCCGUAGGUGGAGAUGCCCAGUUAUAUUCCCCCCAGCAAUACCCAUUUUCGGGACCGCCUUAUUAUCAGCAGCUUGGUCCUCCUAGCAUGCAAUAUAUUACCUCACCUACUACAGUUUCACAACCAGAGCUCACCACCUUAGUUAAUAUCGACCAACAAGGUGACAAUAUGCUUUUUGGACCAAGGCCUGGUUAUCAUCCUCCAGUGGGAUCUUUUGGUAGAGGCAAUUUUCCUGGAAAUCCUGGUAGUCAUGGUUUUCAUGACUUGCAGCAAGGAUUUGAUGGAUUUAGAUCUGGAGGUCUUUUGUCAGACUGGCCAAAACCCUCAGACAGGCACAGGUCUCCCUUAUCGCCAUCAGUGUCUCCACAGCCAAUUGGCCCACUGGGCUCAUAUGGGCAGAAUGUUGGCAUGGCUUCUCAACAACAAAGGUCUAUGUAUGGGUUUGGAUCUGGUUCAAACUCUUAUAACAGAGGCUACAUGCCCAGUGGUUAUAAUCAGGGAUCUGGCCUUGGAAGUGCAUCGUUUUCUAGCUUUGGAGCUAACAAUCGUGGCUUUCUAUCAUUAGAAAAUAGCAAGCGGCAUGUGAGGGGCAGCGGUCCUAUAUGCAGUUGCAAUGCCCCCCUUGAUAUUCUUUGUGAGCAGAAUCGGGGCCCGAGGGCCUCAAAGCCAAAGAGUCAAAUCAUGGCUGAUAGCUCUGUGGAGAACACCAAACAUAAUGCUUCUACAAACAAGGUCCUUGAUGAAUCAUUCAACAGGCCUGAUUUUGUAACAGAGUACAAAGAUGCUAAGUUCUUCAUUAUCAAGUCAUACAGUGAAGAUAAUGUUCACAAGAGCAUCAAAUAUGGUGUCUGGGCCAGCACACCAAACGGUAACAAAAAGUUGGAUGCUGCAUAUCGUGAAGCUAAGGAGAUGCAUGAUAGCUGCCCAAUUUUUCUCUUCUUUUCGGUGAAUGCUAGUGCUCAGUUCUGUGGGGUGGCUGAAAUGAUUGGACCUGUUGAUUUUGACAAGAGUCUGGAUUACUGGCAGCAAGACAAAUGGAGUGGCCAGUUCCCUGUGAAGUGGCAUAUGAUUAAAGAUGUCCCCAAUAGUCAGUUUCGUCACAUCAUUCUUGAAAAUAAUGACAACAAGCCUGUAACUAACAGCCGAGAUACUCAAGAGGUGAAAUUGGAGCAGGGAAUUGAGAUGUUGAAUAUCUUCAAGAAUUAUGAAACAGAGAUGUCGAUUCUAGAUGACUUUGAAUUUUAUGAAGACCGGCAGAAAGCAAUGCAAGAGCGGAAGGCCAGACAGCAAGCCAGCCUGAUUGCUGUCGGUGUGGCUGGAGAAAAUGAGCACAAAAAUACUGUUCAAAUUCCCAGUGAUUACAUCAAGCACAUGUCCAAGAGUUUUGCUCAAGUUGUCCGCUUGGAUGAGGGCAGUAAAGAAGCUAAUACCCUUUCUGAAAGAGCUAGUCCUGCUUCUGACGGCUCCAUUGGUGCCAGAGUAAAACUUGAAGAUGCGAUGCCAGCUUCCGUGCCUUCUGUUCAGACCGGUUAGGAUGACAUUGAUGCUCUCGGUUUGUAUGUGACAGAAACUUCAAUGCUACUUUCAGUUUUUUUAUUAACUUGUGAUUAGGUUGCCUGAUGUCUCGAUGUAUUCAUAAAGAGCGCAUCAGUAUCUGAAUGAAAAAAGGCUUUUGUUUUUACCAGUUCUACGAAGCUGAUGACGGGCUUCAUGUAUCAUAUGCGUCCUGGGUGCUGCUUUCCGAUUGUAGUCAGUAGUUUCAUAAGGUUUUGGGUGAGAGUAGUUCUCUUGAAGAUAUUGGUUCGUGUUUUUUGCCUUUGUAUUGUUUCCCAGUUUCGCAGACAGUUCAAUAAAAAGUAUGCAGCAAAAAGACCUUGAGGGAAAAACCUCCUAUAUUAUAUGUUUAUUCACAA